AACAUGGCGUUUCGCUGGAGAAGUUUGAUGCGCUUUCGAUCGACAACAAGACUGCUGCUUUUAUUCACUUUCUGUCUGACUGUCAUCCACAGUUUGGGCAAUGAUGUGGACAGCUGUGAUAAACUCCAUCUGGGACAGUAUUUGUGUAAAGAACCCAGAAUAGAUGAUGCAACUCAAGAACCUGAAACCUGCAAGGACCGAGUGGCUUGGGUGGAAUGCCUACCUGCCCCAAACAUCAGCUGUCGGCUGUCAAAUGGAACACAGUUCAAGUUCAGCGGUGAGGAGGUCGGCUUUAACAAAACCAUCCCAUGUCGAAAUGUGAGUGGUUACUCCUAUAAAGUAGCUGUUGCUCUGUCACUCUUCCUGGGAUGGAUUGGUGCAGAUCGGUUCUACUUGGGAUAUCCUGCCUUGGGCCUGCUGAAAUUCUGCACCGUGGGGUUCUGUGGAAUUGGAAGCUUAGUGGACUUCAUGUUGAUAUCCAUGCAGAUCGUGGGUCCAUCAGAUGGGUCGGAUUACAUUGUGGACUACUACGGGGCACGCCUCACCCGUCUCUCGAUAACAAACGAGACCUACAGAAGAAUGCAGCCCUCUCCAUGAAGACACAAGUUUCAGGUGGAUCCCAAUGAGAUGACCCACCAAAUGUACAGGAUCGUGUUAUGUAAAUCACAUCUUUUCUUUGGAUAUGCCUUUGCUGUUUCCAAACACAAAGACGCAUGGACAUGCCAAACUACGCUUCGGGAAAGACUAGUCCUUAUGUGAAGUUUGCAAAUACAGCUCAUGUAUGUGCUGAGCUAGUGUUGGUCUCGCUAUUCCAAGUAUCCCGGAUUUUUGCGUAGCUGUUUUUUUCCACUGCGCUGCUCACAUCCUCCAUCACUCUCCCUCCAUCUCUCAAUCAAUCAUCUCUUCCUUGGAGUCAUGCUGCUGGAAUGUUAUCCAUCUUUUGUUUCUUUUCAUUCCUGUCCUCACUUUACAAUGUUGGACAACUCUGUGAUGUUUUUGAUGUUAUUUAAAUAUUGUAAAUAAAGUUUUAAUAUAA